AUGGUGGAUAUCCUGAGGCGACGUCCAAAGGAGAAGACACUGCAACAGUCCAACAUCACUGGACCCUCUCUUGUCGGACAAAUCUGUGACUUAAUCGGAACGACAAACAACACAAUUUACGUUCAUCCUAAAGGCACUUGGCUUGGAGCAACACAUACGCCAGACGCAAUGAGAGAUCCCAGCCUCCGAUACCGCCAACCGACCGUCUUUGGCCCUGCACCCGGCCCACGACAAGAUGCACACGGACACGCCUUCACAUCCACAUUGAAACAGUCAACGAUAUCCAAGACGACCAUCAAAUUCAAAACCAGCGCCUCUGUCCUGCGCAAUCUCUUCCCAAACAGCAAUUACAGCUUCGACAACCACAGUGAAAUCGCACAGGCCAGCUUCUCGAUCGAGUCUCUGCGUAACUUGGCCUGGCUAGGCUGGCAAGGCUACGACCUUCUGGCAUUGUACUUGCACGAUGUAAUAUACACAGACUCUCACGGCCGGCAGAGACGUGGCACAUAUGUUCCUGUGAUGAUCGAGAACCUUGCCGACCCCAUCAUCACGGGCCGUGAGGAGUUGGGUGUGCCGAAGCUCUUCUCGGACAUCGACAUUUCCAGGACGGAUACGUCGGUCAAGGUCAGUGUGUCGUGGAGGGGCGCGCAGUGGGCGACGUUGGAGGUCGAAGGAUUGAAAGCAGAGCAACCGGCUACACCGGCCGAGCGGGAUUCGAACGGAAGUGAGUCGGAAGGGCUCUUGGUGCACAAGUACAUCCCAUCGACUGGCGGCGAUGGAGCGCAGCCGGAUGCAGACUACGACGUGCUCAUUCUGAACGUUCCAAAUGCGUCGGCGGUCAAAUCGAUAUCUGUCGCCGAGCCGGCCGGCGUCAGUGUGCAGAUUCACAAUUUGGGAAGUCAGAAGUUGCCGACACUGCAUACCGUGGUGGACGGGUUGGCGAGAAUACCUGUCUUGGAGAUCGUCGAGGCCAGCGUCACCGAAUUGCAAGGCGUGUCGGAUUUGUCGAACGUCGAAAGGCUGAGUUAG